AUGGAAAAACCACCUUAUCACAAGAAUACUCCUCAGGGAGGUCAGAUGGAAGACCUCAACCGUUUCAUCUGCUUCUUGUUGUGUACCAACUUUCAGCUCCAUGGCACGAUAACAGAAGAAAAAGGCUCGGUGAAAUGCAAACAGUGCGAGCGAGGAACCCACCGCAGCACCGACAACAGUGAGCCAGUGUGUGAGCCAUGCCAGCCAGGAUUCUUCUCUGGACAGUUGGGUCUUGCUGAGUGCGAACCUUGUCCUACCGGGACCUACAGUAACGGUCAGGCAAUCGAGUGCGACAAGUGUGAGAAAGGAAAGUUCCAGAGUGAAACCGGGCAGGAGACGUGCGAGUUGUGUCCCCCUGGAUCCUUCAGUGAUGAAGAAGGACUCAGUGAAUGUACGCCUUGUAAAGUGGAUACAGUUGCCUCUGAAGGUGGUUCCACAAGUUGUGUUGCCUGCUCCUACGGCUUCUACUCGCCCCAAGAGGCCGGGAAAAAAUGUCUUGCCUGUCCUAAAAGAGCCGCUUAUCAACCACCCUCAUGUCCUCCAAUUAUUCCCAACUGUCCGGCCCAACAGUUCACUAAUCAGUAUGGAACCUUUAAAUUCCCCGAAAUGGAACCUCCUGGUGAUGGCUCUGGAAAAGCUCACGAACAGAAAUGUGAAUUCGCCUUGUAUGUGAACGAUGAGAAAGUGUUCAGCAACAUAACGAGCGAGUGCCAGACCUGGUUUGAGAGCGGUGUCCAGAAGAGUGAAUGGACCACGCCCUCCUACGCUAAGUGCGGAACCGUUAAGACUGAAAUACUGUACAACCAGACGAAAGCAGCAAGAGAGGCGAUAAAAGAAGCUGAGUCCUCUGGCAAAAGUGCCGCAGAAGCUACCGUAGAUCCAUCAGUAGCUACCUCUAUGUUAUCGGGUCUGAUGGGAGCCUUAGGGACGCCCGCACCUGAUCCAACUAAACCCGACCCAGAUCCAACAAAUCCAAAUAACUCCACAAACCCUGACCAAACAGAUGCUAAAGAAAACGAAAAGGAGGAGGGUGGACUAGGAGCUGCUGACACAGCCAGUGUGGUGAACACUCUCUCUGUGGUUGCUAACUCUGUACCCCCAGAAGUUUUGGCUAAUCCCGAAAAUCAGAAGAACAUUCUAGGCGCUAUCAACAGCUUCGCCGAACAAGACGGCGACUUUGUACAAGAUGCAGGGACUGAAACCGCUUCUGCGGCGGUUAAUGUGGUCAAUUCGAUAGGAGCAAGCAUGUUCGCUGCCGUUGAAGAACCUGAAACACCAACAGAUCCAUCGUCUGGAGGAGAUGGCGAAAACGGAGGAACUAAACCGAAGAAAAAGAAAAUGAAAGAGAUAAAAACGGACACUAUGACGAUCCUUCCUACCCCGAUGACCGAGGAGACUUUGUCCAAAUCAGUUAUAUUAGACUUUGGGAAUGAUGAGGAGGAAGAGGAAGAAGAGACUGAACUGGAUGAUGCUAUCUCUGAUGGAGCGAAGAACGAAGAACCAGCAGAACAAGAACUACCAGCAACAGAAGCCCCGGUCAUUCCAGAUCCUGUCCAGUCUGAAGGUGAAGAACCAGCUCCAACAGCGGCCCCUGCUCUGAGUAUAGUGCGAGCAACGAAACCUCCUCCUGUCAAGAAGAUUGUCAUGGUGGAAAUGCCCCCUCUGUCCAAUCUCGUCACUGCGUCUGGUGGAGAAAAUAGUGAUGCCAAGGGACUAGUCUGCGUAGUAUUUGAGACUCCAGCUCUGUUUCCUACCAAGAAGGUCGCUGACAACAGCACAAGCACUAAAAAACCUAAAAAAGGUGUUGUUGAGCCCAAGGUAGUCAGUAAAGUAGUGCUCCUCACAUUUGGCUCCAAAUCUAUCAGCAACAUUAAUCCUCCACUAGCUCUCAAUUUCACCAAAGAUGAACCUGAGGAUUAUGAUCCAGUGACACAAGAUGUCCAGUACAAGUGUGUCUACUAUCAUAAAGAGACGAACUCGUGGAAGUCAGAUGGAUGCACGACAACCUCAGUCGACAAGACGCGUGGUGGUCAGGUUUCCUGCUCCUGCAAUCACAUGACCAGCUUUGCUAUCCUGAUGUCUCUUGAACCGAUUCCUGACUAUCUGGAGGUAAUUCAGAGUCAGAUAACAACCCCCCUUCUGGCGUUCUCUCUCUUUUGUCUUCUCGUUAUGAUCGGAACUAUUCUUCCGUUCAAACAACUCAGAUCUACACGGUCCAUGAAGAUACAUCUGUCCUUGGCGGGAUCCCAGUGUUUUGCCAUUAUCAUAUUUCUUCUCACCAACCUUGAUGGAAUCGUCAGUGAAAAUGUUCCCAUUGUGUGUAAAGGAAUAGCUAUUAUGAUGGACUACACAUAUCUUGUUGUAUUCAUGUGGACUCUUGUGGAGAGUGUCAUUAUGUACAUCAGUCUUGUCCAGGUUUUCGGAGGUCACAUCAGUAAAUACAUGUUGAAAUUCAACUUGUUCUGCUGGAUCACACCACUACUCUCCCCUUUAACCGACUACUUUCUCACGGAAGGAAUACUACUUGAAGACGGAAAGUGUGUUGUAGAUCUCGGCGUCAGAAAAUGGUCCUUUAUCUUGCCCAUUGCAGUCAUCCUGGGAAUCAACUUUUUCAUUUUCGUGACUCUUCUGAGAGUUAUCGCCAAUACAAAGAAUCCAGAUAAAAGCAAAACAGAAAACACCAUGAAACAACUGAAAGCCGUUGCCAGCAUAUCUUGUAUGCUUGGUCUAGGUUGGAUUCUUGGCUUCUUCAUGGUUGGUCCCAUAGCUCCCUAUUUCCAGUUUGCCUUUAUCCUCAUCAACGGGCUUCAGGGCUUGUUCAUGUUUCUAUUCUACUGCGUCGGUAACGAGCAGUACAUGGACCUAUGGAAGAGUAAAUUCGGGUUGAAGACCAGUAAGAGCAACAGCAACAGCAACUCCGCAGCUGCAGGUCGGAAGAGUGUCGCCACCACCGCAAGCAAUGUCAGACCCUCCACCGUUCAGGCAUCCUCCAGUGUGGUCCCUGCAACUCCCGCUCCAGCACCGGCCGCUGCCAAGCCUGCCCCACCCUCGGCUUCACUUAACCCAGGAGCGGCUCCACGUGCUAACCGACGUACUAGCAGAGCCCAGGCUCAGGCCAAAAUUGAGGAGGAAGCUAAAAAACUUGAACACCAAGAUAGCAUUGGCAGUGCGAUUUAUGAAAAUGAGAACGUUUAUGAUAUUAUUGAUGAUCCAGAAAUUAAGGCUAUGUCUCCGGCUAGCGGCAGUGCCACAAUUACCAGACUUUAAGUUUGAAGGACGUGUCAUACUGAUAUGUUGUUAGUUGAACUGCAAUUGUUUUUAACUUAUUAAUUUUGGACUUGAGGCAAGUUUGCUCGUCAACCAAACAGAACAAAAAAUAUUUUAGUAUAUAAUUAUUUUUACAUGGUCAGAUACUUUAGUUUUGUAUUUAGUUAUUUAGUUUUUUAGAUUCUUAGUUACUGUUUUUAUCCAAGAUUUGAAUGAUAAUUACAUUUUAACAUGUAAACUCUCGCAAUGAUUGCAUACUUUAUAGUUUUAUACUGUUUGACCAUAUUUCUAAUUAGACUUCGUAAUUUUCGUUAAAAUCAUUUCUACUCUAAUUUAGUAAUUUUUUGUCAGGUUAUUAUCUGCAGUUGAUUUAUCCCGAAUAUGAAUUUUUAUGUCUAUUUCCUUUCGAUUUUGAAUCAAAUUCACUG